UCGCCCGAAAGCUCUCGGUAGGGUUGUUGUUUUCUUCGUCGCGCGGCACUCCCUCUGCGUUGGUGUGCCUCGAUUUAAUUUAAUUCGCAGCCUCCGCGAGCCGCAGUGGUUAUUUAAAUUUCAAUCAGCUGCUAGGCUCGCACCAGCAUCUAGGGAACUCACCACCUGUCAACCACUGGGAAGAGCCUGACAGCCGCUUUCACCGCGACUCCUCCACCGCGUUCCCAGCAUGUCCGACGAGGAUUGUGUGCUGGACCGCUUAAUCACCUUAGCUGAAAAACCAUCGGAAAAUGUUCCAUCUCUGAGAGCAACCCUGGCCCGGCUCCACAGCAGAGUCGCUUCUCAUGAUACAAGCAUUCGUGCCAAAUUAGUGGAAAAAUUCUGCAGGCCUAGUUCUGGCUACCUCGCGCUCCUCCUCUCUCUUCUGGAUGGCGUGAAGGACCACCCAUCACUGUGCAGCGUUGUGGGCAUCUUGCACGAGUGCUGCGCCCCAAAAUCAGCAGGUUCGGACAAGGGUGGCAAGAAAAGCAGCAGCAAUGCAAGGGUGGUCGCCACAGAGCAAUUGGUGCAGUUGGGAGGCACCCAUGCUAUCCUUAAGCUGGUCAUUCACGUUGUUAAGGAUUCCAGCUCGAACCAGCAACAAUCGUCCACCCCCGCUUGGCCACAUCAGUUCACUCAUGACCUUUUGUGGCUUCUCGCUCACCUGGCUCAGAGGGAUGGCAAGUUUGCCUUGAAAUGCAGAACCAUGGGCGCUCUGAAGACAUUGCAUAUACUUUUGAAGAAUUACGUCUCCAGCUCGAAACUUCUGUAUCCACUUUUGAUGAUGAUGAAAUAUUUAGCAAGAAAUGGAAUAACUUCCAAGCUGUUAAUUAAAGAUGGUGUGGCGCAAACCUUAGAAGUUACUCUUACCUCUCUCGGCUUAACCCCUCAUCCCAGACUGAGGCUAUGCAUUGAAGUGAUGAACCACCUUGCCAAGAACCCUAUUUUCUGUGGCAAACUUGCUCGCACUCAAGUAAUUCACAUUCUACUGCGCUUGAUCGAGAGAUGUGAUCAUCAAGAAGGCAAACUGCAGAUUAGGAUAAUCUCUUCUGUCCUCUCGACGCUCUACAAAAUGUGUGCCUACAAGGCUGGGCGUGUUGUUUUUCGAAGUCACAAUGGACUGCAAAUUAUGCAUUCUUUCUGCACAUCUUGCCCUGACGAGAAGAACAGAGACGCUCUUGUUGGCAGGGCCAGUGAAGUGAUCUCAGUUUGCUUAGAAAACAGAGCCCCACUUCUUGCAGAGAACACGAUGAGCCCUGCUAAAUUCCCUCUGCCUGUUCCACUAACACAAAUAUAUUGCCAAGAUGAUAGGAGUGGUUCCUCAUCUAGAGACACAACUCCCAACUCCGACGAAGACAAAAUUGGCGAAGAAGACUGUUUGCUUGCAGAGGAUAUUAUUGACGAAUCGUGCAUAGAAGAUAACAAUGUGCUGCCGCAGAUUUUGCUGCGUGACUUAGACGAUUUGAAAAGCUAUUCCAACUUCUUUGAAGAGCAGGUUGGCUCGCCGAGGUCGUCGAGAGGCUCGAGUCUUUUGGACAGUGAUGAUGAAGAGGACACGUCUUCCGCAAGCAAAUCAACCAAGAGUUCCAUGCUGUCCGAGUACAGAGCGUUGAACCCCACCGAGACUUUGAAGCAUCUAAGAAUACUCUCGAAAAUUCGAUCCGGGACUGAUCCUUUUAAAGUUUAUUUUUCCAUUGCGUCAAAAGUGAUCUCUGUUAUUCCAUUUGUGAAAGUCGCCUACCCCGAUAUGGUCGGAGCCGAGUCUGUCAAUGUACCUGAGCCACUUUAUACAAAAGAUAGGAGAGUUUGCAGAAGCAAAUUGAUGCAAUGCAUUGAAAAGGGACUCCGCCCAGAGCAAGGCAUGAGCAGGGUUGUCUAUGAUGUCGACUCGUUGGUUAAUUCUGCCAGGAGAAACUCUUACUCUUCAGAAAGGAUGUUGAGCAACUGGGAUGAGAGUCGUCUGGGCAAAGAAAAUUCCGAUGUGAAUCACCUCAUGUUUGAGUCUCGCUUUGAAAGUGGAAACCUUCGUAGAGCAACACAGGUUGGUGCUUUAGAGUAUGACUUGAUUUUGAUGCCCGACGUCAACUCGAGUAAACACCAUCAGUGGUUCUACUUUGAAGUGAGCAAUAUGAAGGCAGACCUGCCGUACACAUUCAACAUUGUUAAUUGCGAGAAGCAAAACAGCCAAUUCAACUAUGGCAUGAAACCCCUUUUGUUUUCUGUAUUCGAUGCCAUUAAUGAUCAAAUUGGAUGGGUCAGAGCGGGAUCUGAUAUCUGCUACUACCGCAACACAUACCUGAACCAGACUGCAGGAGGGAAAGUCAAACCGUACCUGACAACAAGUUUCACCAUCACAUUCCCGCAUUCGAGAGAUGUCUGCUACAUGGCGUACCACUACCCUUAUCCGUACUCUCGAAUGAUUAUGCAACUGUGGAAUUGGGCUCACACAAUCCAACCCAGCAUAGUGUUCAAAGUGCAGCAGCUUUGCUAUUCGCUCAACGACAACGAGGUGCCCUUGCUGACCAUCACCAAUCCAGACUCGGUUUCCUCUCCUAUCCAGGACAGGGAGAUUGUGAUACUUACUGCCAGGGUGCACCCUGGCGAGAGCAACGCCUCCUGGGUCAUGGAGGGCACCCUGCAGUACCUGCUCAGCAACGAAGAACAAGCCGACAGACUGAGAGAAAACUUUGUCUUCAAAGUCAUACCCAUGCUGAAUCCGGAGGGAGUCAUCAACGGAUGCCAUCGAUGCGGCCUGACUGACGAGGACCUCAAUCGCAGGUGGAGUAGACCGGAUCCGACCUUGCAUCCUGUCAUUUUCAACGCUAAGGGUCUAAUUGAGUAUUGCUGCCGAGUGCUGCAGCGCAUUCCGUACUUCUACUGCGACCUGCACGGCCACUCCAGACGCAAAAACGUCUUCUUCUACGGCUGCUCGCACGCGGGCAGUUGGAAUGCCGCCGACCGCACCGUGCCAGAAGACCCCACCGAAUUUCUGCUGCUGCCACACAUUCUGCAGCAGACGGCGCCGGCCUUUGCCCUCAAUCACUGCAACUUCAGGGUCGAGCGCGCCAGGGAGUCGACGGCCAGGGUCGCCCUGUGGAGGCAGCUCGGCAUCACCAGGAGCUACACCCUGGAGAGCAGCUACUGCGGAUGCGACCAGGGCCCUUAUCAGGGAUAUCACCUGGGCACGGCUCACCUUCAUGAAAUGGGGCGCAACCUGUGUGAGGCUCUCGGAACUUUGUUUGACGACGGAUGGAAACUUAAGCUGGUUUUGGCCUGCAGCUCCCCCCAGUCAUUUGCAAAUGAGCAACCCCAUAGGGUCGUUGGUGGAAUUGCUGGCCUCGGUGGUGUGCGCACAGCUGAAGAGGAUUUGACAAAUCCCUCGGACGAAAGUGACUACGAAGAAGAAUAUCACGCCGUCAACGAGGGACACUAACCAAUAUAUUUGUUCUUUGAGAAUGUUCAUGAAAUAUGUUUAAUAUGCUAAUUUUAAGUGCUUACAAAUUCCAUAAUGGACAAAAUAUUAAGACAUAAUUGUAGUUUCACGAGACGUAUUAUUAUUGUUGCAAUUUCCUCAAGCUGGAGUUAAAAGUUUUUCACUUAAUAGUUCAUAGUCUACGAUGUAAGAUGUAAGUGAAGAGAAUGUUUCUCACAGUUAUUCAAGUUUUAUUCCAGCUUACUUUGUAAGUUGUGCAACAUUCAUUGCUGUAAUUAAGGAACAUGAUUAGAUCUCAUGUGAUUUUACUACGCAUAAAAUAUAUACAAUUUUAGCGGAUUUUAAGCUAAAUUUUUGUGAUUUGUUUUUGGUACGCUGCAAAUUUCAAUUUUCUUGUAGCAACUCCAAAGUUUUGUGAUUUCAAUUGGACAAAUUUUUGAAAUGCUUUAUUUUAAUUGCUAAUCAUAGUCAAGCACUGCAAUAGCAAUAAGAAGGAAUAUCAGUGUUAAAUUAGAUUUAUUAAUUAAUAAAGUUCAGAUGCUCAA